UGAGUGAUUAUCAUGAAUCUCUUAUUUUUCAUACGAAGCCUUAAAGUUGAACAUAUUUAAUUGUAGUUGGUUAUUGAUCACAAUUAAGCCUCUUCAGUGUUUCUGCUUAGUUGAUUGUUUCUACCUUCCAACAGGAUUUAAAUUGUUAUUACAUUUACAUUACUUUUCGUAUUAACGUUUGAACAUCGUAGUAGUUUUGAUUUAGUGUUUUCUAAUUUCCUUUUGAUUGCUAAUAAUUAACUAAUCAUGAAUGGUAAUAAUAAUUCAAAUGGUUUAGGCUCUGGAAAAUCAGUUAUCGUUAUCGGUGCUGGUGUCGGUGGAUCAGCGAUCGCCGCUCGAUUGGGUCGAUUAGGUUAUAAAGUGAGCGUUUAUGAGAAAAACGACUUUUGUGGUGGUCGAUGUUCAUUAAUUCAUUCAAAUGGUCAUCGUUGGGACCAAGGUCCGUCUUUAUAUUUGAUGCCGAAAAUGUUUGAGGACACAUUUAAUGAUCUAGAUGAAUCGAUCAGUGAUCAUUUAGAGUUGAUUAAAUGUCCAAUCAAUUAUCGUGUUCAUUUUCAUGAUGGUAAAUCAAUUGAACUAUCAACUGAUAUUCAAUCAGUUUACCGACAAUUGGAAACUUUUGAAGGUGCAAAUGAAUCAACGCUCUUACGAUUCCUUGAUUUUCUCAAAGAAUCUCAUGUUCAUUAUGAACGUUCCGUUAAAAUGGCCUUGAAAACCCGAUACGAUUCAUUUUGGGACCUGAUUCGAGUCAAAUAUUUACCUGAACUUUUCUCUAUGCAUUUAUAUUCAACUGUUUAUCGACGAGCGACCAAAUAUUUCAAAACUGACCACAUGAUCAAAGCGUUUACCUUUCAAUCAAUGUACAUGGGCAUGUCACCAUACGAUAGCCCAGGACCUUAUAGUUUACUUCAAUACACUGAGAUCGCUGAGGGCAUUUGGUACCCUAAGGGUGGAUUCAACAAGGUGGUUCAAAAGCUGAUUGAAAUUGGUACAAAUAAGUAUGGGGUCAAGUUUAAUUACUCGAAGCCGGUUGAUAAGAUCAACGUGGUCAAAGGUGAAAAUGGUAAACAAAAGGUAACCGGAAUUACAUUGGCCAACGGCGAUGUUGUUAACGCUGACCUGGUCAUUUGUAAUGCCGAUCUUGUCUUUGCAUAUAACCAUUUGUUACCCAAGACCUCUUAUGGUACAAAAUUGGGCUAUAAAGAUCACACCUCGUCGUCCAUUUCAUUUUAUUGGGGAUUAAAUCAAAUUCUUGACCAAUUUACCGCUCAUAACGUUUUCUUGGCGCAAAAUUAUAAGGCCUCGUUUGAUGAGAUAUUUAAAGGUCACACAUUACCAACUCAGGCCUCUUUUUAUGUUAAUGUGCCAAGUAGACUUGACCGAUCGGCUGCACCCGAGGGUAAGGAUACAAUGGUCAUCUUGGUUCCAACCGGUUGUAUGACCAAUGAAACUGGUGCUGAUUUUGAUGGUCUAGUUGCUAGAGCUCGAGCUCAGGUCAUUGAGACAAUUGAGAAGCAAUUAAAGAUCAAAAAUUUCGCCUCUUAUAUUGAGACCGAAAUUGUUAAUGAUCCUCGAACUUGGAAAGAAAAGUUCAACCUUUGGAAUGGUUCAAUUCUUGGUCUGUCCCAUUCAAUUCCUCAGGUACUUUGUUUCCGACCCGACAUGAAAAGUCCGAUAUUUGAUAAUUUGUAUUUCGUUGGUGCAUCGACCCAACCAGGGACUGGAGUUCCGAUUGUCUUGUGUGGAGCUAAAUUGUUACAGGAUAAAAUUGUCCAAGAUAAUGAUCCCCAUUUAAUUGUCAAUACGACCAAUCAAUCUAAUUGCAAACAAUCAGCUAAUUGCCAAUCAAAUGUUUGGUUCAACAUUUGUAUUCCUGUUUUAUUGUUGCUCAUUUUUUAUUAUUUCUUUGCCUCUUCCAAUUGAAUCGAUGAUUUUUUUUACAAUUAAUUCUCACAAUUAACCUGAUUGACAUUGUUAAUUAAUAAUAAAAUGAUUGUUUGAUUAGAUAAUUUCUAAUCUAUUAAACAAAUUGAAUCCAUCUA